AUGUCUGCUUCUACGAUAAUGCCGCGCCUGCAGUCCCUGUUGCCUGUGACCAUGAAACCAACUAGAAGGUUCAAGGCCUCGGAGCCUCUAGCAUCCCUGGAAAAGAUCGACCGCGUCGAGAUUAAUGAUACCAUAGUGCGUGGUGGUGUCGUGUUUUACGUACUUGAUGUUUAUCUAAAGCAUUGCUCGUCACGAAUCCCGACCAACAAGACAACCAAGGCUAUUUCAGGUGGUCAACCUGACUAUCAUCUGGAGCGUCGAUUUACCGACUUCGCCAACCUGCGCUAUCAAGUGUGGGCAUACGCUCAGCGCAAGUGUCAAGACGGGCUUGCUUGCAGGUACUGCAAAGAUUUUAUGAACUACAUUGUGCACUCGAUGGCGCAGCCGCGGUUGUUUGUGAAAGUGACCACUGGCGUGGAAACGCGCAAGAAACUGAUGACGAUUUUUUGCAACGAGUUCAUCGGCAUGACCUUUGGUGGAAAUAGCGAGAUGCAGAUGCGAAAUUUUGCUUGUGACGGGUUCCAAGCUAUUCCAUAUGUGAUUGAGUGCUUUUUUCGGGAGAAAAAGGCAUAG